UCUCCUCCUCAGAGUCAUCCUCCGACACCUCCUCGGGUUCCUUCCCCGCCUCCUCCUUCUCCUCGAACUGGUGCUCGGAGGCGCCACCAUCCCGAACUGACCAUUGCACGCUUAGAUUAGCCGGGUGCCCUGCUGUGGCCGCCGCCUCCUGGCGGGACUCGCGAACGCGAGGGGGCGCCGCGUCCUCGAGCCCAGACUCGGCUUCCGGGCGCUCGCGCACCGAGGUCAUCAUAGAGAAGCCAGCGGGGACGACCACUUCCGGCCGCCCCAGCCGCUUCGCCGGCGCUGGUAAGCUCACGGCGCCCCCCGCCCGCCUCCCUCAGGGUCUCGCGGACUCCGCCCUCUAGCGGAAACGUCUCCCUCCUUACCCAGCCCCCGCGCAGACGUAGUGCCGCGCCCUCAGCUGCGGGACAAAGAGUGACGUCCGUAGCGGAGUUAUGGCGGCCACCGAGCUGAGCUUGGCGGCUACCGGGAGUCUCGCGCUGCCGUUGGGGAAAGAAGAAGGGGCCGGCCCGAGCUCAGGCCCGGAGCGUGACUCUGCGGACUCCUUCUCGACUCCUGAGGCCCCACCGCCUGCCCCCAAGCCCUCCAGCCCCAAGGCCGAGGUCGCCGAAGAGAAUCCUACGCCUCACUCGGCCGCCUCCGCCUCCCUGGAGCUGCCCCUCGGGCCCGCAGCCCUGGGCUCCGCGUCGUUUGCCGAAGCAGCUCCGCGCUCACCCCCAGGCCCUGGCGGUUCCCGGCCCGGCCCAGAGACGUUCCGCCAGCGAUUCCGGCAGUUCCGCUACCAAGACGCGGCAGGCCCGCGGGAAGCGUUCCGGCAGCUGCGGGAGCUUUCCCGCCAGUGGCUGCGGCCCGACAUCCGCACGAAGGAGCAGAUCGUGGAGAUGCUGGUGCAAGAGCAGCUGCUCGCCAUCCUGCCCGAGGCGGCGCGGGCCCGGCGGCUUCGCCGCCGCACAGACGUACGCAUUACAGGCUGAGCAGCCGGGCUGCCGGCGGCCCGGCUCUCCAUUCUGCGUUAAUGAAAAACGAGUUUUGGCUGUUCCUGCAGUCUCGAGUGUCCUUUUCGGUCGUCCUUUGCAAUGUUUAUUUCCCCGAGCCUAUUUCCAACCUUUCUGACUGGUGGCGAAAUCAAGUUGGGAGCUCAUGAGAAUAAAGCCUUUCUUAUUCACUUGA